AUGGGACGACCUCGAAUGUCCAGGAGGGGAGGCUGUGGCACUCGCGUUAACGGCUUCGGUGCGCGCCAAGUCACCACCAGCUCCGACCCCUCCUCCUACUCCUCCCUCAAAACCUGCACCGACGCCUACGCCGAAACCUUCACCGAAUCCAGCCCCGACACCUGUGCCGACGCCUGCACUGAAACGUUCACCGACUCCUGCCCCAACACCUGCGCCGAAACGUUCACCGACUCCUGCCCCAACCCCUACUCCUACUCUUGCCCCAACACCUGCACCAACACCUGCGCCGAAACGUUCACCAACUCCUGCCCCGAUUCCUACGCCGACACCUACUCCAACGCCUGUGCCCACACCCGCACCGACCCCUGUGCCAACUCCCGCCCCAACCCCCACAUCGACCCCUGCUCCAACUCCAGCGCCGACACCCGCACCAACCCCUACACUGACUCCUGCUCCGACGCCUCCAGAGCCGACACCCGCACCGACCCCUACACCGACUCUUGCUCCGACGCCCACGCCGACCCCUGCACCGACGCCCACACCGACCCCUGCACCGACCCCUGCACCGCGCCCACACCGACCCCUACACCGACUCCUGCUCCGACGCCAGCGCCGACCCCUGCACCGACUCCUGCUCCGACGCCCACACCUACCCCUGCCCCGGCACCAUCCCAAAACCCGUGCCCUUCCGGCUUCAAUAACACAGUCACGUUCGCUCAAGGCGUGACAGCCUAUCUUCUCCGCGGCAUCUCUCUCAUCUUCUCCCCUGUCAAGGUCACCCCAGGCACCAGCACCACAAGAUGCUUUUGCUAUUACUCUACCAACAUCACCAUCCCCGUUCCCUUCUUCCCACCCAUUGUGGUGCCCAACCCCAAUGGCCCCCUCGCAUGCGUGCCAGGCCCCCAAAUAUGA